AUACCUCCACUCGUGCUAAACUUGUGUGUUUUGUGUGCAAAAUUUUGUGUUGUUGCAUUUCUCCUUGUUUAAUGCAAAAGUCAAUAUUUUCCUGUAUUUCCGUCGCCACGAGAAUACAUAAAAUUCGGGGAAUAAGUAUGUAACAAACUCCGUCGUCUCGUAUAUAUUCCGUACGACUCAAAAUACUCAAAUAUUUUUAAUUCUCGGGGAGGAGGAAUCUACUUUGUUUACUUGGUCGGAUUAUUCAAGUCAAGGAUUUUCAGUCAUUUGUUUUCUUGAGUGUUAUUUUUAUUUGCAAAAACAAAAUUUGCGAAGCGUAAUUUAGGUUAAAAAAUAAAAUUUGUGCAAAAAUUCUUGUAAGAGGAGAAGAUUUUGUCGUAUUCAAGGCAAGGAUUCGUAGUUAUAAUCUGACAUUUUUUGUGGUUUAUUUGCAAAACAAAUUUUGCAAAAUGCAAUUUUAGUUAAAAAUAAAAUUUGUGCAAAAAUUGCUGUAAGAGGAAGACUCCAUUUUGGAAAAAAAUGGACGUUUACGCUGGCGAAAUUAUUUUGUAGGUGGUUUUUGCGAAAACUGGAAUUAAAUGGUGUUAUUACAGACAGACGUUUCGCCAAUUUGAGGCGUUUUUAGUGUAUUUUUUUAAUAUCUCGCGAAUUUUAAAUACGGAGAAUUUAAUGAUGAAUCUGACAUAAAAUACUCAUUUAAGAAACGUAAAGAAAAAGGGGAUAUUAGAAAUUUGAAGAAAUAAUACUCUGUACUUAAUUAACAAACAGUGAGAGAAAUUCGAAAAUGUGUUACAUAACCUUACGAGGACUUGUCUACUUUGGGGGAAGUAUUCACGUGUAUCACGGAGUCCAAAUGUUGGUCAAUAUGUAUUACGAUCUUUUCUCCACCUCGGCAUCGAAGGAAGUCACCGUCUCCCAGGUGGAUAUCGUGUUCAAUUGUUGCUUCUUAACACUGGGAAUUCUUAUCUUUCGCGGUGUAGAACAGGAAUCCAAAACCUUCAUAAAAUGGCCCACCAUCGGAUUCACCCUCCUCCUCGCGUUUCGAUUCAUUGUCGAAAUUGUCAAACAAGUCGAACGGGAACGUUCCGGGGUUGGCGGGCCUGUUCGAAUGAAACCGCCCAACAAUACAAUCUCACCUUUCUCCUAUUCCUCCAUGUCGAUCGAUGUGGACCCGCUAAUCUCGGCCGCCGUGGGAAUCUACAUCUUUAUCUUGUUCGUUUACAACCACUCCCUCGAGUACCAACACCUCCAAGAAGAAGCCGAGGAGGAGGAGCAAAAUCGAAGCGCGCGAAAUAAUACGCGCGCCAAUAAUUCAAAUAAUCCCGCGGGCGAAAUCCCCUCAUCCUGCGGGGGCAGUGACGCCUCCUCGGACACCGUACUGCUCAUCAAUACCACUGCUACGUCACACAUUCAAAAUUCCCGGAUGCUGGCGGGAGAUUCAAAUAAUAAUAAUAAUAAUACGAUCGGCUUGGGCAGAUUUGGCGGGACGAUGAAUAAUAAUAAUAACACCGACAUAAUUAUUAAUACCCGGUCGAACCCGCUUUUUGAACUGGAUGGCGUUCGCGUCGAUGGAAUGAGACGAUUUCCUGGGCAGCAUUUACCGAAUUUGUUGCUUUUCCCGAAUCCCACGAGGGUGCAGCAGCAUCAUCAAAGGAGGGAUAAUGACGACGCGGGUAGUAUGAGUCCCGAUACCCCGCCGGAAUAUAAGGUGGACGCUGUGUAAAUUGAGGGCAGAGGUGGGCGCCGCCGAUCGUGCGCCGCCCCCGCCGAAAAAAUAAAUUUGAGUUCUUAUCCCUUCAACAUUCGAACCCCCGCCGAAAAACUCACCAAAAUUAGCCCCGCCGAAGAUUGGUCGGCGUCAACCCCUGAAUUAUUGAAUGGGCUAAAUUAUGAAUGAUCUCAAAUCUAAAUGAUGCUGGAUUAAUGUACAUACAUUUAAAUUUAUGAAACUUCGUAAAAUCAAGCGUAAAGAGGUUGUAAGUGUAAUCGAUUUUAUGAAAUUAUGAAACAUGGAUUUUGAAAUGAAAUAUUUAUAAAAUAAUGUAACUACUUCGGCAUAAAUCUUAAUCAUUUCGGUUAAGAUACUUAUGUAAUGACGCAAUUUACUCGGGUGGGCGUAACCCCGUGAACACUGUAAAUUUCGUAGACUUACAAGAAUUGAGAAACUUGUGAAAAAACAAUCAGCUUGCAAAAUUAAACUCCUCUUUUUAUUUUGUAAAAUAAUUUUACAAAGUUACACAGGUUUAUAUUUGAGUGAUUUGCUUAUUAAAUUUAUAAAGAGCCAAUUCACAAUAUGUAAAAUUAAUAUUGUUGAAAACGUGCAAAUUUUUCUAGUUUACGGGCUCAUCUACAAAAUUCAAAAUUUGUAUUUCAAAAAUUACAAUUUUGGGUAAAAAUUUUCCCCGGAAAAAAAUCCGUUACAAUUUGUAAGAUAAACACGCCAAAAUAAUUUAUAAUUUACAUUUCGUGGUUAAUUGAAUUUAAGAUUGGUAAUUCAAGCUGUAUUUGAUAAUGUUAAUUGAUAUAAAAUAGAUAGGCAAUUCACGAAGGCCUUGGUAACUUUGUAAAAUCCAUACACUUACGAAGUUUUACAAACUUUACAAACCCAGUUUUUAUUCAAGUCCUUAUUUUUUAUAAUUAUUUUACAAAAUUUACCCAUUUUACAAAGUUACAGCGUGAAUAUUGAUAGGCAAUUUGGCCCCUUUAAAACAUCCGUCACAAAACUUACACAGUUUACAACGUUACAAACAUCCGAGCAAAUGCAUCAAUAUGAAUGUAAGUAAAAGUCAUAGAAUUAUGAUACCGUAAAAUUUCCAAGUGUAAUUCCCUACCCUAACCUUCGUGUGAUUAUUCGUAAACUAUGUAAUAUCAUUUUCGCCGGGCAAUAAUUGCAAUUGUAAAUUCUCAUUACGCAAUAACCUUACUUAAUUGUAAAAUAUUCCUUCCGUGCGUAUUCGUAAUCUUCUAAACCAUGCAAAUAAGUUAGUAACAAAAUUGUGACUAUUUGCGGUAAUAAUUUUGUUACCAACUUAUUUUAACCGUGUAAACCUUACGUUUAAUCAACCUCGUGAAUUCUCCGUUGUUCAAAGUGAUCCUAGUCUGUAACGUGAUUAGUUAAUUAAUUAAUUAAGAAAGCAAUAAGAAAUAAGUAAUGUUUCCUGUUUUUAAGAUUUUUUCGAGAAAUAUAGGAAAUUAAAUUUUAGAGAAAGUUCAUCAAUUAAAUAUGUGACACCGUAAUUUAUGAAUGUUUCCGAAUAACGUAACGUAACAUAUUUAGAAGUAAGAUUUGAAAAAUGUGUACCGGGACCUUGUAAUGAAUUUUAGAAAUUUGGAUUAAUUACACCAAAAAAGUCGUGUCUUUCAGUGAUUUUGAACCUUGGCGAAAAUACGACGGAUGAAAAAUAUUUAAGUUUUCGUUUUUUUUUAUCCAAAAAAUCUUAACAGAAUAAGAAAUCAUAAUUAAGAAAUCAAUUAAGUUAAGAAUUAAUUUAAAUAAUUUUAUUUAAAAGUAAGCAAUUAUUGCUUACAUCGCACUUGAAUUCCUCCCCUAAAUUUUACCGGUAACAAAAUUGUCACCGCGUAAGUAACGAAUUUACUACGGAACGGUAACAACAAUUUCGGUAGAAUUUCAAAUUGACACGCUCCCGUGAAAAAUUCCAGAAGAAGAUCUUUACAAAUUUAACGGUAUCAGAAUUUAUUACAAUCGUUCAUCGGUGGUAAAUCAUUACCAACACGGACGACUGUUAACUAAAUAUUAAUUUAUUACCAGCGAUGUCAACUUUUUCUGUUUAAAUUUAAACUUCCUCGACGGAAUCAAAAUUUGAUAAAAAACUUAAACUAAAAUUCAAUACUCUAAAAAAUUUUGCGGAAACUUUUCCGGGAAUUUUUUAAGCCGAAAAAUGAUUAACGAUUACGCAAAAAUUAAACCCUAAUUGUUCAAGAUUUACAUACAUAAAUGUCAAAAUUUUACCCUAAUUUAAAUUAAUCUUAUCCGACAUACGUAUGUGUAACACCACUGCUUUCUUACCAUUUUAUAAAAAUUCAAAAUUGAAUGGAAUAAAAUACUUGGAAUAAAAAAUGAAAAAAA